AUGCCCGCCACAGUCCUGACGUAUUCCGGUAGCUAUGAGUUCCCCGUUGAUCUAACGGCGGACGACACUCCUCCUCCUCCUCCUCCUCCUCAUGCACCUAGCCGCAACGGCACGCUAGCAUCGACGCCCUCCAUCCCGCAGCCAGAGGUCAUCAAGAUUGACCCCGAACCCCCUAAGAAGAAGAGACGCCUCGUCAGAGACAGCUACAUAAAACAGGAGGACGAUAUCUACGAUGCCGGGCUAGGCGAGGACCUAACCCUGCCAUCCGCCCAGGCGACAGACGAAGCCGGUCGCGACUCACCGCCAUCCCACGCCCACGGACCGAAUCUAGCUGAAAACCCUCCUCCUCCCCCGACACCACGUCCUUUGGCCCAGAAUUCUCGACGAAUUCUGCUUUCGGACGUCUCUCCAGCUAAUUAUCGGUCAAGGGCGCGAGCUCUCGAAUGGCGAUCGCAAAAACAGGAAGGAGCACGCCAGGAAGGUGGAUCCGCCAGCGGUGCUCUGCUGGAAGGUGCGACCGGGUCACGGAACCGGUGGUUCACCUUAGGCCCGCAGAGACCAUAUAUCGAUGCCAAAAAUAGGUGCCUUAUCGAGACGGCGCUGCGAAGUAGCAAAGUCGCGUCACUGGGCCUGGAAACGCUAAAGGAACCAUAUACGUACCAUGUGGAUUUUAGCAAAGAGGAGAUCGAGUAUGUCCGGCAACAGGCGCGGGAAUUGGUCACUCUCUCUAAGCCGCCUAAGAAUCCGGUACGCGAGAUCGCGAAGAUAUUGAGAAGACGCCCACUAGUUGCCAGCCUGCUACCUGAAAAGAUCCACAGGCAAGGGGCGGUCUGUGCGAGGAGUGAACUGGACCUUUACUAUUUUCUUGUUGAUGUCAACGAAGGCCGAGUUGCCAAGCGACCAAGGAUCUAUACGCUACGGCGUGAUAUCUUUGACACCGCCAGAACAACAUCUCGCUCGGGCAGGACAUCCUCCCUGCUUUUUAAGCGGGAAAUAGAAGGCCGGUCGUUGUUCGGCCGCGGAGGAAACGUCAGUGGUAUCAAGGAUGAGGUACGCCUAGUACGGGAGGACGAGCUCGAGCUGCGGCAAGAGUGGACAGACUGCGCUGGCGAUAUCAUAACUAUAUCCUGGGUAUCCGACUCGAGCUUCAUCUGCGGUACCACGGAACAUUCCGACUCCCAUAACCAGCAAUACAACAAGCCGGGAAAUCUACUUUUAUGCUCCACCAGCGCUGGAACGCUCCGCGCGUUUUCCGAUCACCGCAUCCCUCGACCUGUAGUCGCUAAGGGCGAAAACUCGACGGAGGCCAUGCGGCGAAGCCAAGAUCCCUGGCUCUACGCCUCCGUAGUGUCGUCCGCGUAUGAUGAGAAACUAGAUCUAGCCUAUACGUCGAGCUUUGACAAGACCGUCAAGGCGUGGAGAGUGGACAAGACGGGCAAGUCUAUGAAGCUCAUGGGGACCUGGCAGCAUGACGCGAACGUCAACUUUGUCGUCGUAUCGAAGCACGACUCCCGCUUCGUCGCGACCGCGUCUGAUGUUCAAGUUCAAGCAGUAAGAGUGUACUGCGUAGUCGACCCGGACAACCUCUCCUCAAGUCCUUACCGGGGAUUAGGCGGUAGGGUCGGCGGUCCCGAGGUGCAACCGGGGGAAUCGGACAGCUGGGCCUACCACCCUGCCACUAUUCAAUGGGGCCUUGCCGAGGCAUGUGCUCACCAUCUGCUUGUCGGGUAUUCACCUCGUGCUUCUAGCGCGGACGAUAAUGACAUCCCAGAGGAGAGGAGGAAUUCCGGCGUGAUGAGGAUGUUCAACGUGCGAACAGGCGGCGAGGUCUCGAUGGGCAUCCCCAUGGCCCAGAACGUAUUCGAGGUGAUCUGGCACCCGACAAAGCCCAUCUUCAUAGUCGCCACCUCGGUACCCGUUAACAUGGCGGGGCACAACGUCCGAACUCAAAUUCGUGUCUUCGCGCUGUCGAGCAGAACGGGCAGUGUCACGAGCCCGCCACUCCGGCCCGAAAACAACGCGGCUACUAUUAGCGCCUCAGCCGAGUUCUACGGCUUUACGCAUAUCCUGGACUGCUAUUCGCUCGAUAUCAAUGAGCUCACGAUUCGUCCGAACAGCCCGGAGUUCUUCUAUGUUACGGCUGCGUCGACUGACGGAAAGGUUUACGUUUGGGACACGGCUCAGGGAGACAGGCCCAUCCAUAUCCUCUGCCAUGGGGAGCCUAUCGAAGAAUACAGAGGCGACAGGGAGAAAGAAGACGUGGGCGUCAAGUUUACUGCAUGGGGGAGUACUCUUGAUCGUCUCUAUACCGGGGGUUCAGAUGGGGUCGUCAAGAUUUGGAACGUGCGUCACAAAGACCCUUUGAUCCGAGACCUCUUAGAGGUUACUGGCCCCGUGUCUGCUGGGGCCUUCUCUCCCGACUUUUCGAAACUAGCCGUCGGAGACGCGAGUGGCCGAGUUUAUCUACUCUCGGUGGAUAAGGAAGACGAUAUGGCCGGAGACUUUGUCCACCUCCCAUUCGAUAAUGGAAGAGCCACACGCCCCGUUCGUCGUCCAAAGCCAUACAUCCCCCACCCGGAGCCGCCCCCUCCAGAAGGCUGGCAAAGCGACGACGAUCCCGAUUCGGGCGUCCUCCGCGCCAGGCAAUAUCUUGCCCGCGAACAACUCGUGCGGAACCCAAACCCCAUCCUAGGCGUCUUCCAAGGCCCCAACUACUCAUCCCUAAACCUCUACCGCGCCGAGGCCCACGCCGAGAACGACCCAACUGGCCCCCUUCUGAGCUCCUUCGAGGUGGAUCAACAGGAAGCUUCGAGCCAGUCGAUACGAAGCACGGGCUGGCGAUGGCGGCGUAGAGCGCUCAUAUAUGCCCAGCCCACGCAGCCUUGCUAUGCGGCCGCCGAACAGCACCAGAAGAACUGCGAGAAGGAUUUGGACUGGGAGAUGUUGGCGCCUGAGGUGAAGGCGGAUUUGGAGGCUUCGCAGGUGGAUUUGUGGAUGUUGGAGAGGAUGGAUUAUGGGCUUGAUCUCGAAGCGGAAACUUGA